AGGCUGGGCCUAAGUGGUUGGGUGCAAGUGCAACCCGCGAUUUUCGGGCCUGAUGUGGGUCUGAGCCUAAGCACAAAACGUAGGCCCUCUCCUCCAUCAAUACCAGCAAAUUGCUCUGCUCGCCGCCCGACAGCUAACAGAGUGGCUCUACUGAGAGUUUUCCGGCAAUGAGCAGGCGAUUGAGAGGAUUCAAGCGUUGGAUGAGAUCCCAAGGCAUUAUUUGCAGCGACGCUCUCGAAUUAACUGACGGCGGCGAUGAAGGGAUAUCAGUGAGAUCUGUCUGCGAUUUGGCGGAAGGGGAUCUUGUAGCGACAAUACCCAAGAACGCUUGUCUCACCAUUAAGACAUCUGCUGCUCGGGAGAUGAUCGAAGAAGCAGGUUUAGCAGGUUCUCUGGGUCUUUCAGUUGCGCUCAUGUAUGAGAAAAGCUUGGGGGAGGCAUCGCCCUGGGCUGGAUAUUUGCAAAUCUUGCCUGAGAGAGAGUGCCUGCCUGUGGUCUGGACUUUGGAUGAAGUCGACACUUAUCUCCACGGAACUGAACUGCACAAGACAGUGAAAGAAGACAAAUCUCAUAUUUAUGAGGACUGGAAAGAGUGCAUUCUGCCACUUGUAGAUUUUGGCCCAUUGAAGUUGAACCCCAAAAGCUUUCAAGUUGAACAGUAUCUUGCUGCAAAAAGUCUUGUUUCGUCUCGGGCCUUUGAGAUAGAUGACUACCAUGGAUAUGGGAUGGUGCCCCUGGCAGAUCUCUUUAAUCACAAGACGGGAGCUGAAGAUAUCCACUUCACAUCUGUUUGCUCUCAUCCUGGCUCUAAUGAUGGCGACAAUAUUGAGAGUAAUGAUGAAUAUGACAGAAAUGCUGAUGAAGACCUGUUAACAGAAAAUUUUCAUUCCAGAGACAGUUGUUCUUUGACUGCAGAUGCUGGAAAUUAUUAUCUGAACUGCAGUGAUGUGGAUAGCUCUUCAAAUUCAGGGGAUGAUCCAAUGAUUUUGGAACUUAUUCUUGUUAAGGACGUCAAGGCUGGGGAUGAGGUUUUUAACACCUAUGGCUCCAUGGGUAAUGCAGCAUUACUUCACAGAUAUGGAUUUACGGAGCCAGAUAACCCUUUUGACAUUGUUAACAUUGAGCUAAACCUGGUAACUAAAUGGAGCUCAUCGUUAUUCUCUGCUCGAUAUACCAGAGCAAGGCUGUUGUUUUGGAGGAGAUUAGGUUUUUCUGGGUGUAUCAGUCAUAGUUGUGAAUAUUUUGAGAUUUCUUCAGAUGGAGAACCACAGCUAGAGCUUGUGAUUCUUCUCUACAUCAUUUGCUUGCCUGAGGUAGUAUAUGAUAAGUUGAAUAACAGAGUAUCAUCUGUGGAGAACAUCAAUGAAUCCAUGAACAUUCUAUUACUGCACAAAAAUAAUGCCGAAGUUCCACUAGGGACUACAGAGAUUGACAAGGAUUUGUUGUUAACAAAAAAUGUAUGUGAUGCACUUCAUUCACUUGUCGAUAUUCGGGAAAGUUUCUAUGGGCAGAACUCAUUAGAAGAUGACAUGGAGGCACUAAGGACAUGUUGCAUGAGAGAAAGGAAGUUGUACCAUUCCCUGACAUUGCGUGUGACAGAGAGGAGGAUUCUCAAGAAACUUAGGACCUAUGCUUCCUCCAGAUAAUGCAAACCAAGAUGAAAACAUAUUUGAGGAAAUGUUCAAGUUGACAUAAGUGGCCGUUUUGGCAGGCAGAAAAGUAGGGGGAGAAGGAACAAUGCCAUUGCCAACGCAAUUCCCCUGCCUUUUUCUCUUUCUUUUCCCCCGAGAGUGAGCUCUCUGAGAAUUAGCUUAACUGGAUGGUUCUUUACUUUGCACAUCUAUUUAUUGUUUUCUAGACUCUCGAGUACCCUUAUUUAUGUAUGAUUCUCCACAUUUGGCAUCAUUUAUAAUAGGAAAUAGAAACUCAA